AUGCAUCAGCCGAAAGCAGUAACUCCAGAGGAGCGGUUGGAGCUCAAGCACGUUCUUCUUCUUAACGCUGAAAAGCGCGGGGGCGAGAGCGGCACCAAUCGCCGAGCGAGGAAGUCGCUGCACUUGAAGAUCGUAGGAGGCUUUUUGGCACAACUGGAGCAGCUUGAACAGGAGGUCGGCGCUUUGCACCCGGUGGACGCUUCUAAUAAGCAGGUAGCACUGGAGUACAUUGAUUGGUUGAAGGGCGGUAACUUUCCCACGCAUCACCAGCCACUUCCUGAGUUUCAGACGUCGCCAGUUGGACCUCCUCUCUUCCCUGUCGUUCCUAGUGCUCCAUCUUCUUCAGUGACACCAGAGACUCCCGACAAUAGAGCCGUCACUGAUAAUAGAACCUCCGGGGCUGUACCCGUGAGCGAGCCACGCGAGCCACCGUAUCCACCGCCUUCGAUUCGAGUCACGCCAUCUACUGCACCAAACGUCGGACCAUAUCUCACGCUCGGUAGCGGGGUUGGACCCGAGAGGGAGCGCGAGGCAGCCGAGGAGAUUCUUGAAUCAGCCGAGGAGGCUGCGGAGGAGUCUCUUGAUUCAGGUGCGGCUGCAAGCAGCGGGGUUGGACCCGAGCGCGCGACAACAGGCAGCGGGGCUGGACCCGAGAGGGAGUUGAGGUUCCGACCUGUGGCGCGUCAGGUGACUUCGCUUAAGGUUGCGGAGGGAUUGCUUCCGCCGGGUACUUCUGUGCUGCUGUCAUUGGACAUUCAUUUGGUCGCUGACCGCGACGAGGCGAGGACAUCUGCGUGCCUUGAGAGACUCUUGCGAGAGCACUCGGACUUGGCUGUGAUUUUCUGCUCGUACGCGGUGAAGCAAAAGACCAUUGAUAAGGCGGUCCAGUGUAUCCACCGUAUUUGUGAUCGGACGAUUGUGCGGCGCCCUUUGACCUUUCCCAUUUUCUUCACGACAUCCAAGAUUGCGCCGGGCACAGGCAAAGGAGCACAAUUGUCUAAGUUGGCGGAUAUCUUUAGCCGGUCGCGCCCCGCUCCACUGACUUUUUUGUAUCACGUGGACGAUCAAGAUCCGAUUUGCAAGAACGUGACAUCCUACGGCCAUCACGGUGUGCAUUGGGCGGAGGAGGAGUUGCACUUGCAUCAACAUGCCCAUCGGCAGCAGGUCCUUCAGGUUGUGGUUGACCCGGUAGCCCAUGCGAACAUGCAAUCCGAAGCAACAUCAGCCAUCAUGAACGCCAGAGCUGAGACAGCAGCCGUGUUUGGCGAAGCCGAAGCAGUGAUUCAGUCUCUAAGAUCAGAGAACCAACAGCUAGGUGCCCAGGCCGCUGCGAUUCAGGGUGAGUCGUAUGCCGCCAUACAGGCGCUAAGGUCCGAAAACCAGCAGUUGGGUUCACGCGCUUCGGUGAUUCAGGGUGAAGCUGAAACGGUGAUCGGAAACCUCCGAACUGAGAAUCAACAGUUAGGGGAGAUGAACCGUGAGCUCAACCAGAGACUCGAAAAGCAAGCUAAGAUGAUCCUUGAGCAGCAAGAGUUAUCUAAGGCUAUGCAUCAGCAGCUAAUCGCGCUUCAGUCGCAUGUGCAAGCUGCCGAACCAAAGAACCCAAGCAUCCCUUCAUCGGCUAUCCCCGCGAGCUCUACCCAAAAUGGCGCGGAUCAGGCUGCGUCUGCAUUCAACGCAUUGCAGGCACUCGCGGGUGAAGUUGGGGGAACAAUGCGAAGGAUUGAACAGGCAAUUGAGGCUUCCGGUUCUAGUGGUUCGGUUGCCCCGGGUCCGGUUGAGUUUGGAUUGCCACCGUACCAAUGCAGCCGUAAGAGCAUCUUCACGGGUAGAUUGCAUUCCGCAACACCCGCUUCUCCACCUCCUCCACCGCAGAAGCUAAAGCCCCAAGUCUUCGACAUAGCAGAUGAAGAUGACUUUGAUGAGCAUGGCGAAGAUGAGGGUGAUGAGGACGGAGAAGAUUUCGAGGAUGAUCCAAUCGUCCCCGUUGCGGCUCACGAGCCUGAAGAUGACAGAGAUUACGAGUCUAGCAUUUAUAAGUACAAAGACCUGAAAGACAUCAAGCUUCCCCAAAUUCCGGGUUCUAGCGUUGAGUUCAGGGCUUACCGCAAUUCGGUGCUAACACAGAUUGCGUCAAUCGAUUGCAGCGGCAAAGCCGUCCUGUUGAAGUGGCUUCAGAAGAGCCUUGAUCCAUCAGGGAGCAUUGCAUUGACACGGUCGACGCCAGAGGCCGAAAUGAUCUCAAUGGCAUCAGCCAUGUUUUCAGAGGUCAUAAACCUGCAGACGUUCUUACAGUCAGCCUUCAAAAGCACAGUGCCAAUCAUCUUCUUCCAAGACAAUGAAACUGUUUUGGCCAUCCUGAAGUCAGGAUACAGUCCAAAGCUUCGCCACUUAGGGCGCGUGCACCGCGUAAAUGUGGCAAGUAUGGCAGAGAUCUUUGAACAAGAAGAUUUUUCGGCUACUUACGUGAACAGCAAGGAGCAAUUAGCUAAUGGUUUGACUAAGAUCAUCCCUCCUGCUGAGUGGUCUGAUAUGCUCACACAGUUGUGCCUUCACGAAGGUGUCCCUCACAGUGCGACCGUCUCAAAGGUCGUAGCUGAGGAAGCAGAGCGUUUUGCAAGCUCACUGCCCAGGAAGAUCACACAAGAAGACCUUGUGCAGCUUUUGUCGUACUUGCCGGGGGAGAGCGCCGUGCGCCCCUCUGCAAGUGAGGCAAUGUGCUUCACCACCGGUGCGUUCGCGCACGGAGGGGGGCCACGUGCACAAGACGGUGGCUACCCAUGCCCAGACCUCAGUCGAGGUGAAAAGGGCGAGAUCCUUAAAUGGCCAGCGAUCUUCGAUCCAAGACGGUUACAUGCGACGACCCCUUGCACGAAGGGUGACAGAAUCGUCAUAAUUGCCUUCACACCUAGAAACGUGAGCAGGCUGCCCGUCGACAGCCAGCUGAAGCUGCGAGAGCUUGGAUUCCACUUCUAA